AUCCGGGAAGGAGAGAGAAGGGCAGGAGGGGGGUGUUUGGUGUAAGAGUAGCAUUACAACUACUAACACAGUAUUUGAAGCUAGCGUGGAAGCUGUUUCUCAGUAAAGGACACCACUGCACCUGUCCAGCAGCUCCUAACAACUCAGGACCUCUAAUGGCCUCCCCGUCUGUGACCGCUCAGCCUCUUCCGUUUGGACUGGAAAGAGAGAAACACAUCGACAUGCUCUUCAGAGCUUUCCACAGACAGGUUAGACCUACCGAAGACGUACAGGACCUCACUCCCGCGGAUGCAGGCAGGACAAGAGGACAGGAUGGAGGAGCUGGAUGGAAAGAGAAAGACUGUGAAAGACUGGGAAAACUGUCUGUUCUGAGACCAGUCACAAGACUUCAUAUUACUACCAGACCGGAACUACAAGGUCCUCAGUGUGUAGCCCGGAGAACAUACAGCAUUUCCACAGAAAGCAGUGAUCAGCUCUUUGUGGCAGUGGAAGAGAGCUCAUGCAUGUGUAUGCAGUGCUGUGGUCCAGCUCGAUCCUGUUCACUACAAGGCUUUGAUAAGGACGCAGAGUGUGUCUUUCUGUUUGAGAGGCCCCUGAGAGCGGAGAUGUGCUGGCUCGGCUGCUGCCUGAUGGAAAUAAGGGCCUAUACACCAGAGAGAGAUCUUAUUGGGACAGUUCACCAAAGGUGGAGCAUGUUCACGCCGUAUUUCGAGGUCUGCGACUCUGAGGGCAUCUCGGCCGUGAGGAUCCAGGGCUCCUGCUGCAACACUCGCUGCCUCUCUGAGCAGGAGCUGCAGCUGGUUUCCAGUAUCGGUGAGAGUAUUGGGCGCAUAUGGAAAAGGUGGCCUGGAUAUAAUGAGGAUUGUAACAUGGAUCAUGAGUAUUUUGGACUGGACGUGCCUAAAGGAAUGAAUUUGAACACAAAAGUGCUGUUACUAGCCGCUGCCUUCCUGUUGGUAAGUUGUCAACCACACACAGAUGCUAUUUUAUUCAUAUGUACCUGAUUUAUUGUUUAUCUCUUUUGCAGAAUCACAUGUUUUUUGAGAUGAGCUAAAUGAAAAUGCUCUCAUCAGCUCUGAAGUGAAGUGUGAGCCCAACAAUGUAGAAUUAUGGUGACUCAUAAUAUGUUUCUAUGACAACUGCUGGAAAUGUAUAGAUGGUUGAUGCUUUUCUGAGCUAAUUGCAUCUGAACUUACUGUUUGACAAAUAUCUAAGGCCAACAUGAAAACUAACUUUUUUCUAUUACAUGCCUUCUAAUUCAUACAAUUAUAGCAACUAAAAGGCAUUUUAGGAUCAUCCAAAAAAUCCACCUUCAGGUCAGAGUGCACCGAUUUUACUAAAUAAACAAAAAUAACUUUGACGCGCCAAUAAAAACCAGUUUUGUUUUUAAAACCAAGCAUUUAAAUAUAAUUUUUCUAACAAGUUAUUGUUAUCUGAUAUUUAUGGUUACUUUGCAAGUACUGUACUACUUUUUUUUUUUAUUUAUUCUCAAUCUGUGUGGCGUUUCUGAAUAUUAUUUUGCCAGUCUUUACAGGGUUAAAUGUUCCACGCACCCUUUUGUAAUACAAAAUGCUUACAAAUAUGCCUAUAUUUCUGCAUGUAAUAAAGAUUGAGUAAAUUGUG